AUGAAUGCAUUGCGGCCUUGGAGAUGGGCCAACUGCCGUUUGGUCUCCGAAGCCCAGAGGCUGAACACAAAGGCUCUGGAUCUGAGGAGUUCCAUUCCACUCCCAAGCUGCCAGAUUGUGCGUUCAUUUAGCCAGUCGCCGAGAAUUGCAGCAAGCGCUGCGCAAGAAGCACUUAAGAAAGCUCAGGAUGAUACUGCCAGUUUAACGCCUGAAUAUGUCGCCGCCAACAUGGAUCCAGAAGAGGCUCGGAGGCUGUCCAGAGUUCGGAAUAUUGGUAUUGCAGCUCAUAUAGACAGCGGCAAGACUACGGCGACGGAGCGGGUCCUCUUCUAUACGGGCAGAAUCAAGGCGAUCCACGAAGUAAGGGGUAAGGAUUCUGUCGGCGCCAAGAUGGACUCGAUGGAACUUGAGCGGGAGAAGGGUAUCACGAUCCAAUCGGCUGCCACGUUCUGCGACUGGAAAAAGACGGAGAACGACAAGGAGGAAACGUAUCACUUCAACCUGAUUGACACACCUGGUCACAUUGAUUUUACCAUCGAAGUCGAGCGCGCUCUGCGCGUUUUGGACGGUGCCGUCAUGAUUCUCUGUGCCGUCAGUGGUGUCCAAUCCCAAACGACAACGGUUGACCGUCAGAUGAAACGCUACAACGUCCCAAGAAUCUCCUUCAUCAACAAGAUGGAUCGCAUGGGAGCCAACCCUUGGAAGGCGGUGGAGCAGAUUAACUCAAAGCUGAAGAUGCCGGCCGCUGCGAUUCAGAUCCCCAUUGGAGCUGAGGAUGAGUUUGAAGGUGUCGUUGACUUGAUCGAAAUGAAGGCCUUGUACUUUGAAGGACCUCGAGGUACAAAGGUCAGGUCUACCGACCAGAUUCCCGGACCUCUUCAGGAGCUUGCGUUGGAAAAACGGCAAGUGCUGAUCGAAAAGCUCGCCGAUGUCGACGAUGUCAUUGCCGAAAUCUAUCUCGAUGAGAAGGAACCCACCAACGAGGAGAUUAAGGGUGCCAUCCGCAGGGCUACCAUUGCUCGUGCUUUUACUCCCGUUCUCAUGGGGUCUGCCCUUGCCGACAAGGCUGUUCAACCGAUGCUCGAUGCUGUUUGCGACUAUCUUCCGAAUCCUGCAGAGAUCGAGAAUACUGCUUUGGACAAGGCUAGAGACGAGAAAUCGGUCAAGCUUGUGCCAUACAACUCGUUGCCCUUUGUCGGCUUGGCCUUCAAGCUGGAAGAGAACAACUACGGACAACUCACAUACAUUCGCGUCUACCAGGGAACUCUCACCAAGGGAACAUAUCUGUAUAACUCCAGAACCGACAAGAAAGUCAGGAUCCCGCGCAUUGUCCGCAUGCACUCGAACGAAAUGGAAGAUGUUUCCGAAGUGGGCGCCGGCGAGAUCUGCGCCGUUUUCGGCGUCGACUGUGCGUCGGGCGACACCUUCACCGAUGGAGGACUUCCUUAUACCAUGUCAUCCAUGUUUGUGCCUGAUGCCGUCAUGUCUCUGUCGAUCAAGCCGAAACGAACGGCCGAUGCAGACAGUUUCAGCAAGGCCAUGAACCGAUUUCAGCGAGAAGAUCCCACCUUUCGAGUUCAUGUUGAUACGGAGAGCGAGGAAACUAUCAUCUCUGGCAUGGGAGAGCUGCAUUUGGAGGUCUACGUUGAACGCUUGCGGCGAGAGUACAAGACUGAAUGCAUCACGGGACAGCCUCGCGUGGCCUAUCGAGAGACCAUCUCCCGUCGCGCCGAAUUCGACUAUCUGCUGAAGAGGCAGAGUGGCGGACCUGGCGAUUUUGCCCGCGUUGCAGGUUGGAUUGAGCCCAACGAUGAGGCGGAUGAGAACCACUACGAAAGCCAAGUCAUCGGCGGACACAUCCCCGAUAAAUUCCUGACAGCCUGCGCCAAGGGAUUUGAUCUUGCCUGCGAAAAAGGACCACUGCUGGGACACCGAGUCAUCGGAGCGAAGAUGAUUGUUAAUGAUGGUGCCACUCAUGUUACAGAUUCUUCCGAUUAUGCCUUCAAUCUGGCUACACAGAUGGCGUUCCGCAAAAGCUUCCCCGAUGCCGGAGGUCAGGUUCUGGAGCCCCUGAUGAAGACGACCAUUACAGCACCAAACGAGUUCCAAGGAAACAUCCUAAUGCUCAUGAACAAGAGGAAUGCAACCAUUCACGACACGGAGAUUGGAAGCGAGGAAUUCACCCUCAUCUGUGAUUGCAGCUUGAAUGCCAUGUUUGGCUUCAGCUCCCAGUUGCGGGCAGCUACACAAGGAAAGGGUGAAUUCAACAUGGAAUUUAGCCACUAUGCCCCAGCGCCUCCCCACCUGCAGAAAGAAUUGGUCGCCAAAUACGAGGCAGAGCUCGAUGCCAAGAGGACUAAGUAA